CAAAGAUCGGAUAAUUGGCAGAUGCUGCUCUCUGGCCUUUUACUUGUCGUUGGUUGUACUUCCCAAAUCUGAGCAGAGUGAGCCCUCUUGUCGACCAGCGGACAAGCCCAUCACGCCCGAUGCAAGAACAUGUCUCCGUUUGUAAAGUCUGUCGCGUUGUCAAGCAAGCGAAUAUUUGCAGCAUGUGUUCGACAUUACUCUUCCCUUACAUCUGAGCUGAUUGACAACAUGGACAAGAAGGCGACCUGGGACCGGUUCUACGCUGAGAGCAGCAGCAGAUCACCCACCUUUAAGAACUUUGAGUGGUUCUUUGGCUUCAGUAGUGUGCGGGACUUCAUCAUGCCUCACCUUCAGACCAAGCGUCAACCAGAGGCUUUGCUCCAGGUCCUGGACCUGGGCUGUGGAACGUCUGCUUUAGGAGCGUGUAUUUACAAACACUCUCCUCUCCCUGUCUGCGUCUCGUGUGCUGACAUUUCCCCGGUAGCUGUGCGACUGAUGCAGGAGCACGUCCAGACCGCAGCCAUUCAACCUCACAAUCUUGCAUCCCAGCUGAGAUUCGUGGAACUGGACUGCACACAGCUUCACGAACACUGCGGUUCCGGUAGUGUGGACCUGAUCGUUGAUAAAGGCACCACAGACGCCUUAUUGAGGUCCAAAGAAGGGAAAGGUAAGGCCAACCUGGUGCUGAAGCAGUGUCUGAGGGCUUUACACAGCUCAGGAGCUCUCCUUCAGUUCUCAGACGAGGACCCUGAUGCACGGCUGUUGUGGCUGGAGACUGAAGCUCGAGAGGCGGGAGUGAUGGCAGCAAAUGUAGCUGUGCAGGAAGUUGGGGAGCUAAGGGGAGUGUGCUACUACUGUUACCAGGUGACUCCUUGUCCUAUUGUGAAGAAGUAAUUUUCUAUUUCUGAACAACCAGGAAAUUAAUGAUUGUAUAAAAUGAAUCAGUUACAAUGUUGUCAAUGUUUUUCUUUGAUUGUGCUUAUGAGACAUAAAUGAAGCCAUGUACAUUGUUGCAUCUGUGAAUCACACAAAUUGUUAAUGUCCCUUUCAUUACUUGUUAUUCGGUGCCAUCUAGUGGUUUGUUGAAGCCAGUUUAGGACAUCAUAUAGCCAUUGACAAGAGUCUGACAAACGUAUAAAAACACCAAAAGCCCACUAAGAAACUGCUCUCCUGACGCUCAGUGGUUGUCUCCCGACUUCUCAUCUGCUUCUCAUGUUGAAUAAAAUCUAAAUCUGCUAGAAUUCAGUUGGCCAUCACUGACGACCAAACAGGCUUUGAUGCUAACCUCAUCUCCUGCGUCUCUCAAACGCCUUUGUGAAUAUGCUGCCUGCCUUUUGUGCCCUGUUAAAAUGUCUUCCAUCAUAUACAUUCAAACCACAUUGAAUGGUAAGCACAUAAGCACAUUGUCUUUCCCCCUUUUUUUGCAAUGUUUUUUUAACAGUCAUGGUCACAGGUGGAAUAAAUAAUGUAAAAAAAUAUUCUUCAA